AUGCAAACGUCACUACACUGGAAGCUGCGCGAACGCGCAGUUGCAGACAAAGAGAAGAUUGCCGAAGCGCUUCGGUCCAAUCUGACCAUCCUCAACGAUGCGGAGAAUCCUUGGGUCCUGCCAGUGGUGAAUGGCCGCUGCCCCAUCAAGCACGGCAUGAGAGUGGAGGUGCCCUUUACGGUCUCUACCGCUCUCAAGUUCAAGGCUUUCGAGUGGAUGGGCCUCAUCCGGAAGCUGCGCCACUGCGGGUUCAACCAGAUCAAGAUGCUAUCGGAUCGUCUCUCUCAAGGAAAGGAUGCCAAGCAGGAGAACGAUCUGGCCAUGAAGAUUACUUUUGCGUGGGCAGUCUGCGUCGCGGUGGUCAUCGUGUGGUCCGUCUACGCAGUGGCGUCGGUUCCCAGAAAGCGACCAAUGGACACCGUCAAGAUGGGUCUGGCCGACGACGAGAAGGCCUACGCGAGAGGCAUCAUGAACUAUGUUAGUUUGGCCUGGGUGGAUGAGCUGGUGGGAAGAUAUGGCAAGCAUGCGAAUGCCGUGAUCGAUGACAAUGAGAUUGUGUGCAACCGGAGAGAUGAUGCCUUUGUGCCCUACGUCACAUUCCACAAGCACUGGCAGGAGGAGGUGAAGCGCGCCGGCAGCGUCGAGAAGGCCUGGAUUCUGCAGGCCCUCUACAAGACCGUGGGCUUCAAAGGCUGCCUGGCCAUGGUCGUCCUCACCUUCAUGUCGGAGAUCGCGGGGGGAGCCUUGAGCAUCGUCGGGCUUCAGUUCUUCAUGAACUCCCUUGAGAGCUUAGACGCCUGGAUGCUGCAACAUCCAGGAGAGCAGCCCAGCUACUUGGCUCCGACCCUUGCCACUUUGAUCUGGAUGUGGGGUAUGCCCAUGAUCUUUCGAUUCCUCAGCAUCAUCUCCACCUUGAUCGAUGGCCACUGGACCCAGAUCUGCGCUUCCGGUCUGGCCUCCACCGUCUUCCACAAGGCGCUCCGCACGCCCGCCAGCGCAACCAGGCCUGAGACGCGGGAGACGGCAGAUGGGGACGAGGAGGCCGACCCGUGGGGGUCCCACAAACCCAACUUGGUGCAGAUCCUCAACGUAGACAUCGUGGACUGCUGGGGAGGCCUCAUCCGCGACGUCCUCUGCGUGUUUAUCGCGCCAUUUUCCAUGGCCUUCCUCCUUGCCCUCAUGGUGUCGCAGAUCAGCUUCUCCGCCAUCGGUGGGGCGAGCUACAUCGUGCCGGUGUUGAUUCUCAUGAUGCUGUGCACCCAGGUUGCCAUGAACUACUGGAAGAAGUACCAGAUGUACAUGGACGCGCGCCUGAAGUGGUUGACAGAGUCCCUGCUCUCGAUCCGAAUCGUCAAGGCCCUUGCCUGGGAGAAGCUCGCCCUGGACAAGCUCGUCAAGGCAAAAGAUGGAGAGCUCCACUCCGGGAAGAUGAUGUAUUGCAUGUCGGGCGUCAUGAAUGCGGUUGCCCACACCCUACCCUGGGGCGUGCUCGCAAUCACCUUUUGGAUCCUGAUGGCAGAGCAUGGCAGAAUCGCCGCCUAUGAAGUCAUGAUUGUUCAGCGUCUCAUCCAGGCCCUGCAGGCGAACAUCUCCCAACUCUCCAACGGACUCGGGCGGUUUAUGACCGUUCCGAACAGCUUCAACCGAAUCAGGCGCUUUCUGGCCCAGCCAGAUCGGCCCCAAGGGGUGGUGCGCCAGCCUGCGCAGACCCAGAACCGACCAGCCGUUUGGGUGAUGGGAAGCUUCAACUACUCUGGGACGAAGCCCAUCUUGAAAGAGUUGGACCUUGCGGUGCCGCAAGGGGAGCUUGUGGGGAUCAUCGGGCGCGUCGGUGCGGGCAAGAGCUCCUUGUUGCAAACUAUCAUUGGGGAGCUCCAUCCGCUGAAUGGGGCAGCCGGUCUCGGCUUUGUCGAAGCUCCUGACACCGCCACGGGCCAAAUCGCCUACUGCGCCCAAGUACCCUGGAUCUUUGAGGGCACCCUCCGCGAAAAUAUCAUCCUGAACCAGCAGCUCCACCAUGACCGCUACUACAAGUGUAUCCAUGCUGCUGGCUUGACAUCCGACCUCCAAAUCUUGCCGGGUGGCGAUCAGUGCACCAUCGGCUCAUUCGGCAUUCGGCUCUCUGGAGGACAGCGUGCUCGAGUUGCUUUGGCCCGCGCUGCCUACAUGGAAGCUGCACAGAUUGUGCUCAUCGACGACCCAUUUGCCUCGGUGGACGGCCCCACAGGUCAGCACAUCUUCACUGAGCUGCUGCUGGGGCCCAUCAUGCGCGGCCGGACUCGUCUGGUGGUGACGCAGCCGGAUCGCACACGCCUGCAGCACUUCGACCGCCUCGUCCUAUUCGAAGAUGGCUGCGUGAUAGAGACUGGCGCGCCAGCAGAGGUCAUGGAGACGGAGGCCUUCAAUCGUAUACAGCAGGAGCAGGUCCACGACGAUGACGACUCCGAGGAAGAGGCAAGAGAGCCUACAGUUACCGAUGCGGCCCAGAGCGUGAUGCUUGCCCAGCAGGCCAACGACACUGGAGGUAUGCUUCUUCGUGAAGAGGAGGUCCAGGAGAACAUUACUUGGGAUUCGAUCUGGUGGUGGGUCAAAGCAGCAGGUGUAUUCAACCUUAUCGUGCUCGCUGGAUUCACGGUGAUGCAGUCGGUGAUUGAACUCAGGGAAGCUUUGGUCCUGGCGGUCUGGAUUGACAGCAAGCUGGCGGACCCGGAGGUCAACGAUGGGAUCUUCAUCCGGCGCCUCGUCAUCGUGGUGGCUGUCUGCUGCCUGUGCAUCGUCCUGACCUUCUUUGCCACGGCGACUGUCAGCAACACCGCAGCGAGGAAGCUCCACGAGAGCUGCGUGGAGAGCCUCCUAUGCGCCCCGGUCGACAGGUUCUUUGACAAGCAGCCCGUUGGCCGUCUCAUUAAUCGCCUGUCCUAUGACAUGAAGCAGGUGGACGAGACGUUCGUGGGCACUAUCAUGGUCAUUGCCCAGUUCCUAGCAGGUUUCAUUACCACACAGAUGUUCAUCUUUACAGUGAUGCCUCGUAACGUAUGUGUCAUGGCCCUUCCGUUCUACGCCGCAACGCUGUUCUUCAUCUACAUCUACCGUGGGACGGCUGUGCCGCUGGUGUUCCACUCGAAGCACUCACUGUCCAGCGUGCAGGACCUGCAAGCAAUUGUCGUUGGCCAGUGCGUGUCCAUCCGCGCGAAUGGCAUGCUGGACAGCUUCAUGAAGCGAUACAACCACUACUCGCAGAGCGUGAUUCGAGCACAGUACCUCAUCUACUACGUCUGCCGGGCCUGGGCGCAGUCCCGCGUCUUCCUGAGCUUCGGCUUCAUCACUGCCAUCCUGGCUCUUGGUGGCCUCUGGGCGGGAGUGUCUCUGGGCACUUUGUCCACGUGCGUGGGCUUCUGCUUCUUCCAGAUGGGCCAGUUCGAGGGCAUCUCCAUGACCUUCACCUUCCUCUUGAAUGUGAUGAAUGCCCUGCAGCGCCUCAUGAAGUACGUGGGAGUACCGGCGGAGGCGGCCUACGACACGCCCAACGACUACAGCGUGCGCCAGAAAGUCAAGAUCGACCGUGGCGAGCUUGUGUGUCUCCAGCUGAAGCAGGGCAUCAUCGGCGAGAACCAACCGCGUGUGCAGGUUUGCCUUCGUGGCUCAGGCGACGUCCUUCUCCAGUCGAGCCCCGACGGCUUGGGCUUGAAUUUUGCGAGCGGCGUCGCCCUGCAGGAGCUGGCUCCGGAAAGCAAAGCUUUGGGAGACCUCCGCGGGGACUUUCGGAUCAUCGCCGUCAACAGCGUGUGUGAUUCUGCCGAGCGGAUGGCGCGCGAGCUGUGCAAUCCAGCUGCCGCAAUCUGGUUGGACUUGUGGAACAAUGAGUUUGAAGGGGGGCUCAAGGUGGAGAUUGAAGAACUCACCGCCGGAUAUGCCACAGCCAAGAGCGUGCUGCAUGGGGUGACACUCUCGAUCCCCCCCCGCAGCAAGUGCGCCUUUGUGGGGAAGACCGGCUGCGGCAAGUCCACCACCUUGCUCUGCAUCCUACGCUUCUUGGAGCCCCGAAGCGGGCGCAUCGUGAUCGGGGGCCGAGACAUGGGCAGGCUUGGUCUUCGCGCAGUGCGAAGCAUCGUCGGCCUGGUUCCUCAGGAUCCCACGAUCUUCGAGGGCAGCAUCCGCUUCAACCUGGACCCAUUUGAUGAGUAUCCAGAUGCCCGGGUUUGGGAGGCGGUGCAGGGCGUGCAGCUAAUGACCUUCAUCCGCUCUUUACCAGACGGCAUCGACACCCAUGUCGACAGAGAUGGCAGCAACAUCAGCUUUGGCCAAAAACAGCUCAUCAGCCUGGCACGCAUGGUGAUACGUCAGCCACCUGUCCUUCUCCUGGAUGAGUGCACCUCCGCCUUGGACCCGGUCACCCAAGAGGCGGUGCAGAAGAGCAUCCUCCACGACUUCCCCAAGACCACGAUCAUUGCCGUGGCACAUCGUCUUGAGACAAUCCUGGACUUCGACCAGAUCUGCGUGUUUCAUCAAGGCAACGUCAUCGAGCGAGGCACAGUCCAGGAACUCAAAGAGGCGAGGGGCGCCUUUGCAACGAUGCUGCAGGCCAAGAAAUCGAAGGUAAAGGCUCUGAAGUGA